AUCAUCGAUGUUGUCAAUGGUGCGUUGCAAGCAAGGAGAGGGGGAGAUAGACUGAGGCAGAGACGGGCAUUCGCAGUGAAGCUUCUCAGGGACUAUCAACAGGGCGUACUAUAGAACGCAAGAGGAAAAUUGGGGUAUGAGAUCCGUCAGAAUCCGCUCCCAUCCUUCGCUGCCCAAGGCUCAGUCUGACUGACAACCACCGGUUCAGCACCACCGCCGACUAACCUCUCAGAUAAGCCCAAUAUCGGCGAACUGACACAACCAUGGAGCUGAGAGUGGGGAAUAAGUACCGCCUUGGGCGCAAGAUUGGCAGUGGCUCUUUUGGCGACAUAUACCUAGGUGCCAACAUCGCCACAGGGGAAGAGGUGGCCAUAAAGCUUGAGUGUGUGAAGACCAAACACCCUCAGCUACACAUAGAGAGCAAGUUCUACAAGAUGAUGCAGGGAGGAGUUGGCAUUCCCUCUAUAAAGUGGUGUGGGGCAGAGGGGGACUAUAAUGUCAUGGUGAUGGAGCUUCUGGGACCGAGUCUGGAGGACCUCUUUAACUUCUGCUCCCGAAAGUUCAGCCUAAAGACUGUGCUACUACUUGCCGACCAAAUGAUCAGCCGUAUUGAGUACAUCCACUCCAAGAACUUCAUCCAUCGUGAUGUCAAGCCUGACAACUUCCUCAUGGGCCUGGGCAAGAAAGGCAACCUGGUCUACAUUAUUGACUUCGGUCUGGCGAAGAAAUACCGUGAUGCCCGCACCCACCAGCACAUCCCCUAUCGGGAGAACAAGAACCUUACUGGCACAGCCCGCUAUGCUUCAAUCAAUACCCAUCUGGGCAUUGAGCAGUCAAGGCGUGAUGACCUGGAGUCCCUAGGCUACGUGCUCAUGUACUUUAACUUGGGCUCCCUGCCUUGGCAAGGCCUUAAGGCUGCCACCAAGAGGCAGAAGUACGAGCGCAUCAGCGAGAAAAAAAUGUCCACCCCCAUCGAGGUGCUGUGCAAGGGCUACCCAUCUGAGUUUUCCACCUACCUGAAUUUCUGUCGCUCUUUGCGCUUCGAUGACAAGCCAGACUACUCAUACCUUCGUCAGCUCUUCAGAAAUCUGUUCCACAGACAAGGCUUCUCCUAUGACUACGUCUUUGACUGGAACAUGCUUAAGUUUAUACAGGGUGCCAGCAGAACAGCAGAAGAGGGCGACCGGGAGAGGAGGGGAGGCGAAGAGCGCGAUGAGCGUAUUGGUGGGGUGCCGCGAGGGUCAGCUGCACGGGGUCACCCUCCUGGCCCCAACCCCUCAGCCCCCAACCGGGUGAGAAACGGCCCCGAACAGGCCAUCUCCAACCCCGCCUCGCGAGUCCAGCAGUCUGGGAACACGUCACCUCGGGCUAUUUCACGUGCAGAGCGGGAGAGGAAAGUUAGUAUGCGUCUCCACCGAGGAGCGCCCGCCAACGUGUCUUCGUCUGACCUUACUGCCCGUCAUGACCAAUCUCGCAUUUCCACGUCGCAGGUCAGCAUGCCGUUGGAGCACCUCGGGAAGUGAGUCCUUCAGCUCCGUGCACACUGGAUACUGAGUGGGCAUCAGGUGACACCCCUUGCUCCAGACUCUUUUGGUUUUGUUUGUUGUUUUUAAAUGUUGUCAG